CGCCACUACGUACUGCCCCCACGUUAUCACAAAAACUGCCCACUAAACCUUUUCUCCCUCAAAUAUUCAUGUGCUCUAUAUAUACUCCUCUCUACUGUUGGCAUUGGAUUACCAUCAUUUAUUGCUUCUAUUUCUAUACAUACAUUUUGCUAUAAUAAAGAAUUAGACAAUAUCCAUGGCAUCCCGUUUGUUCGUCCUUUCUACUUGUGUGAUCAUUUUCAUGGCUGCCACCAAUACUUGUGUUGAAGCUUCCGUGCAAUUCAAAGUUGGUGGUAGCUUCGGUUGGCAUGAACCUGCAGGCACCAACAAUACUGAUCAACUUUAUAUUCAAUGGGCUGAAAGGAACAGAUUUCAAGUUGGUGAUGCUCUUGUUUUUGAGUACCAGAAUGACUCGGUUCUUAGUGUGGAGAAAUUUGAUUACAUGAAUUGCGAUGCAAGUAAUCCUAUCACUGCCUUCGACAAUGGGAAGAGCACGUUUAAUCUUGACAGGCCAGGGAACUUCUACUUCAUCAGUGGAACCGAUGAUCACUGCAAGAAUGGCCAAAAACUACUUGUGGAUGUGAUGCACCCACAUACUGUCCUUAAAUCUCCACCACCCAUUUCCCUUCCACCAGAAGGGUUUCCACCAAUGGCUCCUCCACCUUCUGAUGAUCAAAGCCUAGAGGCUUCAUCAGCCUCAGUGCUUCUUACUUUUAUGUUUAUGUCUCUUUUCGUCACAUCUGUUAGUGUCAUGCUGUUGGCAUUCUGAAUGUCUUGUUAAGGUCACAAUUGACAACUAGUUGUUUUUCUUUUGUUUAUUGCUUCUGGAUCGAGUGUCAGUUGUUUAGGUUAGGCAUUAUCGUUCCAACAUUUAAUUUUUUUUACUCUUCUAGUCACUUUAAUUAAUAUCAUUGUUGGUUUUUUUAUUGUA